AUGGCAUCCCAGAUCACUCCCGUCCAAGUCAAGAAGAUUGCGUGCAUCGGUGCGGGCUAUGUCGGCGGACCUACCUGCUCGAUGAUCGCGCACAAGUGCCCGCACAUCCAGGUCACCAUCGUCGACGUCAACGCCGACCGCAUCAACGCCUGGAACUCGGACACUUUGCCCAUCUACGAACCCGGACUCGAGGAGAUUGUCAAGGCCUGCCGCGGCAAGAACCUCUUCUUCGACACCGACAUUGACAAGGCCAUUGUCGAGGCAGACCUCAUCUUUGUCUCGGUCAACACGCCCACCAAGAAGAGCGGUGUUGGCGCGGGUUACGCCGCCGACCUCUUCUACGUCGAGCUCUGCACCCGCCGCAUCGCGUCCGUCGCCACCUCGUCCAAGAUCGUCGUCGAAAAGUCGACCGUCCCGUGCCGCACCGCCCAGUCGAUGCGCACCAUCCUCGAAGCCAACUCGCGACCAGGUCUCCGUUUCGACAUCCUCUCGAACCCCGAGUUCCUCGCCGAGGGAACCGCCAUCAACGACCUUGCUCACCCCGACCGCGUCCUCAUUGGAUCGCUUGGGACGCCCGAGGGUCGCGCGGCGCAGGCUAGCUUGGUCGACGUUUACGCCAACUGGGUCCCGAGGGAGAAGUGCAUCACGACGGGCUUGUGGUCGUCGGAGCUCACCAAGCUCGCCGCCAACGCCAUCCUCGCCCAGCGCAUCUCAUCCAUCAACGCCCUCUCGGCCAUCUGCGAAGUCACCGGCGCCGACGUCGACGAAGUCGCGUACGCCUGCGGCCUCGACAGCCGUAUCGGUCCCAAGUUCCUCAAGAGCUCGGUUGGAUUCGGAGGGUCGUGCUUCCAGAAGGACAUCCUCAACUUGGUCUACCUUUCGGAGAGCUUGCAUCUGCCUGAGGUCGCGGACUACUGGAGGCAGGUCAUCACGAUGAACGAGUACCAGAAGCGCCGUUUCGCGCAAACGGUCGUCUCGAGCAUGUUCAACACGAUCACGAACAAGAAGCUCGCCGUGCUCGGGUUCGCGUUCAAGAAGGACACGGGCGACACGCGCGAGACCCCUUCCGCCACGGUCUGCCGCUUCUUCCGUCAGGAGAGCGCCAAGAUUAGCGUGUACGACCCCAAGGUCCCGGAGAAGCAGAUCUUCCUCGACUUGACUGAGCCAGGCGUCGUCGAUGAUUCGGAGCAGGUCAAGAAGCAGGUCACGGUCUGCAAGUCCGCGAUGGAGGCGUGCACCGGCGCCGAGGGUAUCUGCGUCCUCACCGAGUGGGACGAGUUCAAGACUCUCGACUGGUCCGCGAUCUACGCCUCGAUGGCCAAGCCCGCGAUGGUCUUUGACGGACGUGGGAUCCUCGACGCGGACAAGUUGCGCGAGAUCGGGUUCAAGGUGUUCAGCAUCGGAAAGGGCGUCAACCUCUAG